AUGACUACUCAUGCGGAAGAAGUGCCCGGGGCUGGCAAGCCCCUCGCCUUAACACUACUAAGCGAAACGAAAGCUGCUCUUACCAACGAGGAAAGGUAUAGCAUUAUUACAUCGAACCUGCAGGAGGUCAUCCGAGGCGACAUUAUCACAAGAAUCCUUCCUUUGCGGCCAUUGAAGAUCUAUUGGGGCACCGCUACCACUGGACGGCCUCAUGCUGCAUACUUUGUGCCCGCCAUCAAGGUUGCCCAGUUUCUGCAAGUUGGCUGCAAGGUCAAGAUCUUGCUCGCCGAUCUUCAUGGCUUCCUGGAUGCUGAUAAAGCACCCGAAGGAGUUCUGGAGUUCAGAGCCCAGUACUACGAGCGUGUUAUUCGUGCUCUGCUGCGGAGCGUCGGGGUCAACAUCGAAAAUCUCGAAUUCGUCAGAGGAAGCUCGUACCAAUUGUCCAACGCAUUUGCUAGAGAUCUCCUGCGACUCAGCAAAAAAGUGUCCAUUCAUGAUGCCACAAAAGCCAGCAGUGAAAUUGUGAAGAGUAUGGGCGAGCCAGUAAUGGCUGAUGGUAUUUAUCCUAUGAUGCAGCUGCUGGAUGAAGAAUACCUUGACGCCGACGCCGAAUUUGGGGGCAUCGAUCAGCGCAAGACUUUCGUUCUAGCGAACGAUACAAUGCACAAAAUGAACUUCAAGACGCGCGCACAUCUAAUGAACCCGAUGGUACCUGGAUUGGCCGGUGGAAAGAUGAGCAGCUCAGACCCGAAAUCUAAGAUUGAUCUCCUAGAUGACGCUACCACUAUCCAAAAGAAGAUUGCGAAGGCUUAUUGCGCACCCCGCGAAGUUGAAGGAAACGGCAUCUUGGCCUUUAUUCAACACGUGCUGCUCCCAUAUUCUGCUCUACAGUCAGCGGUCCGACAACCAUCUAUCAGCAUAGUAUUGCCUAAUCACUCCGCGCCGACCUUUUUCCACACAUACACGGAGGUCGUAAGUGCAUAUCAAGCUGAUGUUCUGACUCCGCAAAUAGUCAAAAAGAUAGUUGAAGAGGGGUUGAUCAAGCUUACUGCUCCCAUCCAGCGAGCAUUUGAAGAAGAUAAGGAAUGGCAAUCCAUUGCGGAAAAGGCGUAUCCGAUACUUUCUAACAAGUCUGCUUCACGAGAUGCUGCAAAGCCGUCCCGGAGGGACGGAGACCAAGAAGCUAUGGCUUCAAACUAG